AUGGCCGAGGGCAGCGCCGUGUCCGACCCUCAACACGCCACGCGCCUACUUCGCGCGCUGAGCUCGUUCCGGGAGGAGUCCCGCUUCUGCGACGCGCACCUGGUCCUCGACGGGGAGGAGAUCCCGGUGCAGAAGAACAUCCUGGCAGCCGCCAGCCCGUACAUCAGGACAAAGUUAAACUAUAAUCCUCCAAAAGAUGAUGGAUCAACCUAUAAGAUUGAACUUGAAGGGAUAUCGGUAAUGGUUAUGAGAGAGAUCCUGGAUUACAUCUUCAGUGGGCAGAUCCGGCUGAGCGAGGACACCAUCCAGGACGUGGUGCAGGCGGCCGACCUGCUGCUGCUGACGGACCUGAAGGCGCUGUGCUGCGAGUUCCUGGAGGGCUGCAUCGCCGCCGAGAACUGCAUCGGCAUCCGCGACUUCGCGCUGCACUACUGCCUGCACCACGUGCACUACCUGGCCACCGAGUACCUGGAGACGCACUUCCGGGACGCCAGCGGCUGCGAGGAGUUCCUGGAGCUCAGCCCCCAGAAGCUCAAGGAGGUGAUUUCCCUCGAGAAGCUGAACGUCGGCAACGAGAGAUACGUGUUCGAGGCGGUCAUCCGCUGGAUCGCGCACGACGCAGAGUUACGAAAGGUCCACAUGAAGGAUGUCAUGUCAGCACUGUGGGUUUCAGGGUUGGACUCGAGCUACUUACGGGAGCAGAUGCUCAACGAGCCCUUGGUCCGCGAGAUCGUCAAGGAAUGCAGCAACAUCCCCCUCAGCCAGCCGCAGCAGGGGGAGGCCAUGCUGGCCAGCUUCAAGCCCCGCGGCUACUCGGAGUGCAUCGUGACUGUGGGUGGAGAGGAGAGAGUUUCGCGGAAGCCAACGGCAGCGAUGCGAUGUAUGUGCCCCCUUUACGACCCCAAUCGGCAGCUGUGGAUCGAACUGGCCCCUCUGAGCAUGCCGAGGAUCAACCACGGGGUCCUCUCGGCAGAAGGGUUUUUGUUUGUAUUUGGGGGCCAAGAUGAAAACAAGCAGACCCUGAGCUCAGGAGAAAAGUACGACCCGGAUGCAAAUACAUGGACCGCACUGCCACCGAUGAACGAGGCAAGACAUAAUUUUGGAAUUGUGGAGAUAGAUGGCAUGCUAUACGUUUUAGGAGGAGAAGAUGGUGAAAAAGAGCUAAUUUCAAUGGAAUGUUAUGAUAUUUAUUCUAAAACCUGGACAAAGCAACCUGAUUUGACCAUGGUUAGAAAGAUUGGCUGCUAUGCAGCUAUGAAAAAGAAAAUCUAUGCCAUGGGUGGAGGGUCCUAUGGGAAACUCUUCGAGUCUGUGGAAUGCUAUGACCCCCGGACUCAGCAGUGGACCGCCAUCUGUCCCCUGAAAGAGAGAAGGUUUGGAGCGGUGGCCUGUGGAGUCGCCAUGGAACUGUAUGUAUUUGGGGGAGUCAGAAGUCGCGAGGACAUCCAGGGGGGCGAGAUGGUAACUUGCAAGUCGGAGUUCUACCAUGAUGAGUUUAAAAGGUGGAUCUAUCUUAAUGACCAGAACUUAUGCAUCCCGGCCAGUUCCUCUUUCGUGUAUGGAGCCGUCCCCAUAGGUGCCAGUAUCUACGUCAUCGGAGAUCUCGAUACGGGCACCAACUACGACUACGUGCGCGAGUUCAAAAGGAGCACGGGAACCUGGCACCACACCAAGCCCCUGCUGCCCUCCGACCUGCGCCGCACGGGGUGCGCAGCCCUGCGCAUCGCCAACUGCAAGCUCUUCCGCCUGCAGCUGCAGCAGGGCCUCUUCCGCAUCCGCGUGCACUCGCCGUGACGCGUGGCCGC